UGCAGCCCAAGAAUAAUGGAAGACGGGGAAGUUUCUUGCAGUUUCGUGCCCACCGCCGCCGUGAAAUGUAAGAUGUGGAGACUUUAUUACCAGUCCUGUCCAGCAGUAGUCACAUAAUGGCAUGUAGAGGCUCGUGCUGUUGUGGCUGUGGUCCAGUGAAUGAAGAUAAUGCCCGGUUCAUCAUGUUGCUGCUCCUCAUCAUCCUCUACCUCCUUUGCGGAGCCGCGGUGUUUUCAGCCCUGGAGCAUCCGAAGGAGAAACUGGCGAAGGAAAGGUGGGCUCAGAGGUUUGAGCUGUUCAGCCAAAAGUACAACCUCAACAAAAGUGACCUGGAGAACUUCUUGCGACAUUAUGAAGAGGCGAACAUGGCAGGGAUACGGGUGGACACUCUCAGACCGCGCUGGGAUUUUACCGGAGCCUUUUAUUUUGUCGGGACUGUCGUUUCCACCAUCGGGUUUGGAAUGACCACCCCCGCCACGGUUGCUGGCAAAAUCUUCCUGAUCUUUUAUGGCCUCAUCGGCUGCGCGGCCACCAUUUUAUUUUUCAAUCUCUUCCUGGAGAGAAUAAUAACAGUGUUGGCGUUUGUGCUCAAGUCAUGCCAUGAAAUCCAACGACGACGCAAAGGAGUUUUACCUCACGACAGCAGACAAGACUCAAGGCUAAACCAUGAAGACAGUCUUGCAGGAUGGAAGCCCUCGGUUUAUUGUGUGAUGCUGAUCUUAUGCGUGGCAGCAAUAAUCAUUUCUUGCUGUGCUUCGGCCAUGUACUCUUCAAUCGAAGGAUGGCGAUACUUGGAUUCGCUUUACUUCUGCUUUGUGGCGUUCAGCACCAUUGGUUUUGGGGAUAUGGUCAGCAGCCAACGAGCUAUUUACGAGAACCAAACCGUCUACCGAAUCUGCAAUUUCCUAUUAAUUUUAAUGGGCGUUUGCUGCAUUUACUCCCUAUUCAACGUCAUCUCCAUCGUGAUCAAGCAGGUGCUCAACUGGCUCCUGAAAAAGCUGAAGAUACCUUGUCGUCACUGUCCCAGGAGGCCUCUCCGGCCCCGCAGGAACGCAGUCAUGCCGAGCCAUCUCCGAACACGCGUUCGCAACAUAUCCAUAGACACAGAUGCAGUGAACGACAGUGAGACGGAUGGACGAAGACUGUCUGGAGAGAUGAUCUCCAUGAGAGAUUUCCUGGCGGCUAAUAAGGUCAACUUGGCGAUCAUGCAGAAACAGCUGUCUGAGACUGCCAAUGGUCAUCCUCGGCCGGGCGGCUCAACAAACAGACACAAUGGAUUCUCUGGUGGAGUCGGAGCUUUGGGUAUAAUGAAUAACAGGCUAGCUGAAACCAGCGUGGACAGAUAA